AUGCUAGAUCGAGUAUUCAAUCCCGAGGGGAAGUCAUUGCCGCCUAUGCGAGGAUUCAAGUAUUCCAGCUGGUCACCGCUGGGCUGUGACGCGAACGGAAGGUGCCUGCUUGCAGCUUUAACCAUGGACAAUCGAUUGACCAUCCACGCCAACCUCAACAGACUACAGUGGGUGCAGCUGGUGGACCUGACAGAACUCUAUGGGGAGCGUUUGUAUGAAGCCAGUUACAAACUUUCUAAGGCUGACACUCCCAGGGGAGAGCUAGGAGACUUCCCUGAAUUUCAGCGACGGCACAGCAUGCAGACUCCGGUGCGCAUGGAGUGGUCGGGCAUCUGCACCACGCAGCAGGUCAAGCACAACAACGAAUGCCGGGAUGUCGGUAGCGUGCUCUUAGCAGUACUCUUUGAAAAUGGUAACAUUGCAGUUUGGCAAUUUCAACUUCCAUUUCUGGGUAAGGAAUCAAUUACUUCUUGCAAUACCAUAGAGUCCGGAAUAAAUUCCCCAAGUGUGUUGUCUUGGUGGGAAUAUGAACAUAACAACCGAAAGAUGAGUGGACUUAUCGUAGGGAGUGCUUUUGGACCGGUUAAGAUCCUUCCUGUCAAUCUAAAAGCAGUCAAAGGCUACUUUACGCUGAGACAACCCGUAGUCUUAUGGCAAGAAAUGGACCAGUUACCAGUGCAUAGUAUCAAAUGUAUUCCUCUUUACCACCCCUACCAGAAAUGUAGUUGUAGCUUAGUGGUGGCUGCAAGAGGAGCUUAUGUGUUUUGGUGUCUCCUGUUGAUAUCCAAAGCAGGUCUGAAUGUCCAUAAUUCCCACGUGACAGGGCUUCAUUCUUUGCCAAUCGUAUCUAUGACUGCAGACAAACAGAACGGCACGGUGUAUACGUGCUCCAGUGAUGGAAAGGUAAGGCAGCUGAUUCCUAUAUUCACAGACGUUGCUUUAAAGUUUGAGCACCAGCUGAUUAAGCUCUCGGAAGUGUUUGGCUCUGUCAGGACUCACGGAAUAGCUGUUAGCCCGUGUGGUGCGUACUUAGCAGUUAUUACGACAGAGGGCAUGACUAACGGUCUUCACCCAGUUAACAAAAACUACCAAGUUCAGUUUGUAACCCUUAAGACUUUCGAGGAGGCAGCUGCGCAGCUCUUGGAAUCUUCUGUUCAGAACCUUUUCCGGCAAGUGGACUUGACGGAUCUUGUACGCUGGAAAAUUUUGAAGGAUAAGCAUAUUCCUCAAUUCUUACAGGAAGCACUGGACAAAAAGAUUGAGAGCUGUGGGUCUACUUACUUCUGGCGGUUUAAGCUAUUUCUCCUGAGGAUUUUGUACCAGUCAAUGCAGAAGGCUCCCUCAGAGGUCAUGUGGAGACCUUCACACGAGGAUGCAAAAAUCUUGGUAUCCGAUUCCCCUGGGAUGGGCAGCACUGAAGAUGAUCAAGAGGAAGGAACUUCUAAGCAAGCCAGCAAGCAGAGCCUGUGUGACGCAGGCAAAGGUAUGGACAUAGAUGACACUGCAGAUGAUUCUCUUCCUCAGUCAAGUGACGCAGGAGGCCGCGAGCCAAUGGAAGAAAAGCUUCUUGAAAUACAGGCACAAAUCGAGGCAGUAGAAAUGCACUUGACACGAGAACACAUGAAACGGGUGUUGGGCGAAGUUUAUCUACACACAUGGAUUACAGAAAACACCAGUAUUCCCACCAGAGGGGUCUGUGACUUCUUAAUGUCCGAUGAUGGCUAUGAUGACAGAACAGCACGAGUGCUGAUUGGGCAUAUCUUAAAGAAAAUGAACAAACAGACUUUUCCAGAGCACUGCAGCUUGUGUAAAGAGAUCCUGCCGUUCACUGAUCGCAAACAGGCAGUCUGCUCCAAUGGACAUAUUUGGCUCAGGUGCUUUCUAACCUACCAGUCCUGUCAGAGUAUGGUGUACAGGAGGUGUUUGCUUCACGACAGCAUUGCACGGCAUCCAGCCCCAGAAGAUCCUGAAUGGAUCAAGAGGUUAUUGCAAGGACCUUGCACAUUCUGUGAUUCUCCUGUGUUCUAGAGAAAAGCUAUGUAAAGAUCAAAAGUAUUUUCUCUACUGCAUAAGCUCCCUUCAGUCUCGAAGGAUACCAGAGCACAGGAAUACAGACUUUACUGGAAGGGGAAGUCAUUGUCCACGGCCCUGUAAAUAGAACAUCGGACGUUCUAGAAGCCCCUUAAGUCCAGAGCCCGUUCCAUGCUCCACAUCAGGAGUACAUCUGGAAGAGCGAGUUUAUAAAGCGGUUUGGAAAUGCACCCCAUCGAAGCAUCAGCAGCUGGACGUGCUUCCUUUUACUGAAAAGGAACUGAAGUCUUAAGCACGCGGUGCGAACUGUCCUUUCUGCCCGACAACCGUGCGAUUUCCCAAAAGCUAGGACGGGAACAGCAGAACUGCCUCUUGAAUGGUCUUGGUGGGUAGAGAAGGCUUCAGCUUGUAGUACUCUCGUUUGCUUUUUAACAAGCACUGGCACUUGCUGCAGAAUAUUAAACUAUCAAAAUAAUUUGUGGUUCUAAUUUCUUGCAGAGCGAAGCGUAUGCCAGUAACAGCCAUAUGAAAGAAAUGGGCCAUUAUAUUAAUUUCACUUUAUCGUCUAGAAGAAUAACUGCCUCUUAACUGUUAUAACAGUAUUGCAGUCAGAAGGGUAAUGUUGGCUGCCUGGGUCAAAUAUGGAUCAGUAAGAAUAAUUUUUAAAUGUAAUAAUUAUUAAACUAAUAGCAGUUAGAUUAAACACUAAUAUAUAUAUAUAAUUUCCAGUGCUCCUAAGUCUCUUGCCCCACCUUCUUUUUCUGAACUAAGUUCUAACUACUUCCUAGCUUUUGCCAGUGUAUGCGCCUUCUGUUUCACCUAACGCUCUACCAACAGGAAUCGCCUUUCCCAGUGCAACAACUUAGUUACCAAAAACAUUACCAAUUUACAUUGUUUUCAGUUGAACUGGGAGUCUCUCUCAUACAGAAAUUGAGUUUUACAGAAGUUUGACACACAAGUAAUCACUCCCAGCUGACAGUUUCUCUUUUCCUAGUAACACAGUUAAAAAAAAAAACCAAACAAACCAGCACCCGAACCCCACCAGGGCUAAGAUGUUAGAGGUAAAGUUUCCACAGGUGGUUAUGGAGUCUGGUGAAGCUGUUCUUGGAUAACCCUGACUUUCUCAUCAAGAAAUUCAUAAAUACACCAAUUAUGUAGCAUGGCUGAGCCCAGAAAUUUAUUCUGCCUUCUAACUGGCCUAUCAGAAAAAAACAUCUUUCUCUCUUUGGCCCCUGGUUCCUGUGGGGAGCAGGAGAAUCCUUUAUCAACUUCCUAUGCAGCGUUAGAGGACUAAUACCUCCAAAAUGUGUACGGUUAUUUGGUACAGUUGGUCUUGUUAGCUUAAAUCCACAUUGUCAAAUAAUCCAAAGCCUAUUCUUCAGAGCACCGAUCUGGGCACUCAGAUAUCUGUGUUGCCCUGUUUGCAAUUCAUGACACUUCUAAUCGUGUGUGAAGUCCUCUAUAGCUAUUUGAGCAAUCAAGGACUCGCCUUGACAGUAUCAGUCUCCAACAAUGCAUGUGUGGAUUGGUGCUUAAGUUUCCUUGAUUUAACGACUAUGCAUAUUUUCUUAACGUUCCUUCACCUUUAGUAGGAGCGAACUUUUUUCAGCUAACAUUAAAACAAGUCAGCUGUCCUUACUAUUCAGUGUUUCAUGCAUUAAACAUGAUAGUGCUUUGACCGAGAAUAAUAUUAAUAUAGUAGACUAGAACAGCAGAAGCACAUUCAUCUGUAAAAUAAUUAGCCUUGUUUGUAAAUAUUCUUGGAAGUGAUACCAUAAUUGUGUUAAAGAAAUGUUUAGUUUUUUAUUGCUGUGCAUUGAAAAUUGAAAUUACUUCACUGUGUCUGCAAAGAAAGAAAAUGUAGAUCGUGAUAGCAUCUAGUAAAACGAAGAGUAACCUUGAUACCUAACGUGUGCGUAGUUUGAGGCCAGGUACUGUACCUGGGGCAGCAUUUAUCUUCUCCUUCCCAGCACUGUUGGGGUUUGGGGGGGACAGAACAUCAGUUUCCAAUACGAGCUGAACAGAAGGUUUAGUCACGGUGGUAGAGAAGACAUUUUAAGUGGAAGCUGCAAGUCCUUGUCCAGGCAGUCCCGACCAGUUCAUCGUUGAGCGAGUGUUCAGAUUCAGAAAUUCACCUGACUAUGCAAAAGGCGAGAGCGCUCUCCAGAACCACGUGUAAGCGCUUUUAAUAAAAGGACAAAGAACAUUUCUUUGAUAGUGGUGUAGAAACCAUAAUAUCC